AUGAACCUUUUAAUCUUCUUCGUAAUAGUAACGUAUCUUUUUACCAGAGGAAACGCAUUUGUGUACAACAACCUGAACUACAAGCGAACAAAUCGAGAGCUCAUAAUCCAUAAACAUAUUUCUUUACAGCAUUAUUACUCCGAUUAUCAGUUAAAGAAAAAAAAAGGAAUAAAAAAAAUAUACUCCUUUAAGAGACAUGUUUCAGAUAUAUGGAAUAACAUUAAAACGACAAGAAUAGGAGACUUUAUGGAAGAUAUAUUCCAACAGGAGCAAAUAAAAAAGACGCUUCAAAAUAAUUUCCUCUGUUUCAGUUAUUUAUUUAAUAAAUGUAAAUUAGACAGAUUAAUUAUAGCUAUUAAUGUUGGUCUCUAUCUUUAUUUAAACAGAAUUGAUAAGGAUGAAGAAAAAAAAAUUUAUUUUCAUAAAGGAAAUUUGUUAGAAGUAAAGGAAGAGCAGAAAGCAGAAAAAUAUAAAUGUAAUUAUUAUGAUAUUUACAAAACAAAAAAUUUUAAAACAUUUUUUACUUCUUUAUUUAUUCAUAAAAAUAUUUUACAUUUAUAUUUUAAUAUGAGCUCACUAAUAUCUAUAUAUAAAUUAAUUUCAAAUGUUUACACAAAUAGUCAAAUAUUAGUUGUAUUUCUACUGUCUGGUACCUUAUCAAAUAUCAUAUCGUACAUAUGCUACUUGAGAGAAAAGAAGGAAAAAAUAUUUUUUAAAAAUUUAAUUUUAAAAAAUUAUUCCAAUGAAAAUAAUAUACUUUUAAAUAAAAAUAAUAAAAUUAUAUGUGGAAGUAGUUCCUGUAUAUAUUCUCUUUACGGGAUGCAUAUGAUAUAUAUUAUAUUUUUCUACUUUAAAAAUAAUUACAUCAUUAAUACGAACUUUCUUUAUAAUUUUUUUUAUUCAUUCAUUUCCUCAUUGUUUCUAGAAAAUGUAAGUCACUUCAAUCAUGUCUUGGGAUUUUUAUGUGGCUUUUUCUUUUCUUUUCUAAUAAUUCUCUUUGACAAAAAUUAG